AGGCCAUUUUCUGUGAACUCUUCUUUCUACUCCUGGUCUCUUAUCAUCAGCAGUCUUCUCAUAAUCACCAGCUAAGUCUAUAGCAAAAGGAGGAAAAAGAAAAUCUAUAAAAAUCUCUGUGUAUACGGAAAUGAAAUAAAUUGGAUGUCAUUUUCCACACAAUCAGUACUUUUUAAUAUUGUUAUAAAUGAGAAUGAACAAAUCACCCAAUGCACAAGCACUGAGUUUUGCCUUGGUGCCCAAUAGCCUCUCUCUAUCUCUCUCCUCGUCUGACAAGUCCCAACUGUUCUUUUCAACUUUACCAGAGAGACCCUUUAAGCUAAGCUAUAUUCCAAGCUCAAUCAACCCCUUCCACCUCAUCACCCACCAUUAUUUUCUGUUUCUAUCAGUUGCCACCUGCUGAUGUUAUGAUCUUCUUCUCCUCAACUUUUCCAGUACCAACUUUCUGCCUUGCUAUCACAGCCUUCCUCCAUUUUAGCAAAAGCACGCCGUAGUAUCACCUACAAGACAAAACCCACUGCUUUUUUCCGCCAAGAAAAGGACUUUAUCGAGAGAUGGGGUGUGGUCUGUCGAAGCAAGAUGAAGAAGACGAUAUUGUGUCCUUGUGUAGAGAAAGGAAAAGGCUAAUUAAGUUGACCGUUGAGAGAAGGUAUGCAUUUGCAGAUGCUCAGUUUAAGUAUAAUCAGUCUCUCUAUGCAGUAGCAAUGGCUUUGAGAUUGUUUGUGGCUAGACAUUCUUCUCCAUCUUCUCCUUUUCUUAUCACUUUCCCUUCUGCUACUUCUGCUAAUGUUGACACCAAUGAGACCCUUCCUGACAACCCAAAUUUUCUUCAACAGAGGCCAACUGAAACCACCCAUGAAAACAAUGCAUGUCAGCCUUCUGAUUCUAAUGUGUCUAUAGCCCCUUCUAAGUUAGAGACAGAAGUAGAAGAAACCCAAGAAGAUAAUAAUGAUCAUGGUCAUCGUGAGGAGCAGGAAUCCGAGGAAGAAGAUCAUGAAAGUGAAAGUGAAGAAGGAGAAGGGCUUUGUGAGCACUUUUAUGGCGAGGAUGGUCCACCAGUGCCAUCACCACAGAGGGAAUUUGGGUGGGAUUUUUUUUAUCCGUUUGAUGAAAUGAGAUCAGAGGUUUUAAAUGGGUUUGGUCAAACCUCAGAUGAGGAUUUGAGGGCUGUGAGAGAGAAAGAAGGGAUUCCAGAGCUGGAAGAGGAUGGAGAGAAGGUAAUGAAUGAGGGUGAAGCUUCGAAUGUGGAAAAUGGUGAUGUGGGUCAUAAGGAGAAUGGAAUUAUAGAUGUGAGAAGUGGAGAUAAUGCAUAUGUACUAGGCCAAGGGGAGAGUACGGGAUUGAGAGUAAUCGAUGAACCCAAAAAUGGGAGGGAGCUGUUGGAAGCAUUGAAAAAUAUCGAGGACCAUUUUUUCAGGGCUUACGAUUCUGGUUUGGACAUUUCAAGAAUGCUAGAGGCCAACAGAGUACAAUUGCAAUCUGGUCUAGAGGAAAUCAAAGAGAGCUCAAAUAAGCUCAUCAGAUCAAUUACAUGGAAUCGAUCUGCUUCAUUUCGGUCUUCCUCCUGUAAAAGUCUCCUUACAUCUAGUUCUAUAAGUUCUUCAAUGUGGACAGAAUUCAAGACUGAUCUAUUUGAUGACUAUGGAUUGGAAGCGGGGAGCCAUUCAACUACUCUAGAGAGGUUAUAUGCUUGGGAGAAGAAGCUUUACCAGGAGGUGAAGGCUGGAGAUCAGACCAGGAAAAUUUAUGAGCGAAAAUGCUCUCAUUUGAGACACCCAGAUGCUACAGGAGAUGACUUCUGCUCCAUGGAUAAAUCUACAACUGAAGUGAAAGAAUUAUAUUCCAGGAUCUCAGUAGCAAUAAGGAGUGUGGAAUCAAUCUCUGAUAGAAUACAGAAAUUAAGAGAUGAAGAGCUGCAGCAACAACUUCUUGAGCUGCUACAUGGCCUAAUGAGAAACUGGAAGAUAAUGUUGGAAUCACAUGAAACUCAAAACCGAGUAAUGCUUGAAGUGAAAUUCUUCAACUGUCCAGCUUAUGGAAAGUUCUGUAAUGACUCUCACCGUCUUGCCACUCUUCAGCUUGAGGCAGAGCUUGAUAAUUGGAGUGCCUGCUUUGCUGCAUAUGUAUCUACACAGAAGGCCUACAUUGAAGCUCUUGGUGGUUGGUUGUCCAAGUUCAUUGCUCCUGAAGUUGAAUUCUACUCGAGGGGAAAGUCUUCACUCCCACCAUGUAGAAUUAAUGGGCCACCAUUGCUAGUAACCUGUCACGAUUGGUUAGCUUGGCUAGAAAAUUUGCCAGAUACGGCUGUAACAUUUGCCAUGAAAAGCUUUGCAAAGGAUAUCCAUGCCCUGUGGAAUCAACAAGGAAAAGAGCAGCAGCAAAAGAGGAAUGUUGAUGCCAUAGCCAAAGAAUUUGAAAGGAGGGCUCUGGCAUUCCAAAGAGCAGAGAGAAGGAUCCUUGGAUCCAAGAUAUCUGAGCAGGAAUCACUGGUCACUGUCCGUAAUCGCAUUGAGUACUUGGCAGAAGGGAAAAAACUAUUGGAUAUGUUCAGGAAAAGGCUAGAUGAAGAGAAGGAAAAGCACCUCACUAACAUGCACGAGACCCAGCAAAUCACCAUAAGUGGAUUUCAGACAGGAUUUUCUUCAGUUUUUGAGUCAUUGGCCGAGUUUUCUAAAGCAUCUGUGAAAAUGUAUGCUGAUCUUGUAACAUACAGUGCAAAUGCAAGGACAAUAGGGAAAAAUGAUAGCAACUUAUCCUAUAUGGAUGGGUUGGGCUCUCAGGUUCCUACCAGAAAGGAAUAAGUGAAAAAGUACGUAAGGGUUUGAGAAUUUCCAAUGCUUGAUAUCUCAAUGAUAAAUAGUGUGUAUAGAGAUUCUGUCAAAGCAUUUAUAGCAUGCUCUUGUUUACAUAUGUCAAA